UGCUCGUAUUACACAUAGAUUUGGUUUGUUAAGUUAAACAUCAUUACCGUAUACAUUAAACUGACCUAUAUGUUUUGUUCGCGUCAGAUACGUCUACCGGUUAUGUAAAAUAUUCAAUCAACUCUUGGAAUUGAUGUGCAUCUUUUUAAUUGUAAAUAAAAGCUGGCUGACAUAACGCUACCGGCUUGAAAGGACUGAUGUUAGUUGUCGAUUACUUGCCCCAUGAAGCGGCUGUCAUGCGCAUAGCGACACUGAUUGCACUCGUGCAGCUGUCGCUAGCAACAGCUGUUUCAGAUGACAUUGACGCACUCUCAGCCGUCGAGCUGAACCUCCAGCUUGCUGGGGACAAUGGCCUUUCACCUUUCUUCGAGGUCAGCGCAGAGGACAGCGGGGUCAACUUCAUCAGAGGCUCCAGGGCCGUCGACUCCCCUCUAGCACCAGAAAUUGACGUGCAAUGCUCCAGUGGAUUCAUAGACGUUACUGUUGAAUUCCCCGAUGUUUUUGAUGGGAUAAUCUACAGUAAGGGUCACUUGAAUGACCCGAAAUGCAAAUACGUGUCGCUGGGCGGCAGUCAGUCACGGUACUCGUUCCGAGUGCCGCUGAAUGGCUGCGGGUCGCGUCCGCUCUGCAACGCUUGCGGCACCAUCGACAACAUCCUCGUCUUCCAGGCUGAUGACUUCGUACAAGGACCCCUCGAUUUUGCCAGAAAGGUAUCAUGUGCGUCAACGUCCCUGGAAGUGUCGACGAGCACCAGGCGAGAGGAGACGCACACGCUGAAGUUGAAGCCGUUCAUGGUGGACAUGCUGGACGUGGUCGCUGUACAGGGGCCCGCUGGCGGCGUCGAGUGCUGGAUGGACAUACAAACGGGAGUGUUUCCCAAUACAACUCCCCUGAAGGGAUCGAUAAAGAUUGGAGAGUACCUGACAAUACUCGUGUACCUGAAAGAUGUAAGAAACCAGUACAAUCUGAAAAUCCACGACUGCUGGGCGUACGACAAUGAUAACUACGACGCCCCUAACACUAACAAGAUUCAACUUACUGAUAAAGAAGGAUGCCCUAAGAAGAAGAAACUCAUUGAUGUCUUUCAGAAGUCUACCAACACAGGCAAAAGUGGUGCCACGUUGAUAUCCUAUAGCAAAGUCAGCGCCUUCAGAUUUCCAGACACCGACCAAGUUUAUUUGACUUGUAACGUCGAGUUAUGCACGAGCAAUUGUGAAGCAAAUUGUCAAGGAAUUACUACCGAAAUUACCACCACGUUACGACCAACACAACGUUGUUAUCCCGGGUCGCCUGACCCUACGUGUUACGAAGCUCCCACCGUGUGUCCCCCGGGCUCCACUGACCCCAAGUGUCGCCCCGUCACAUCCCCGAGACCUUCGUGCUACCCCGGCAGCACUGACCCCAGAUGCCCUGGGACCACCCCGAGACCAACUCAACUAAAUUGUUACCCGGGCACGACUGAUCCGAGAUGUCCUCAGUCUACAACAACUGGACAACUUCAGUGUUACCCUGGUAGCCCGGACCCUAGAUGCCCACAAACUACAGCCAAACCAUCUUGCUACCCUGGUUCCCGAGAUCCGAACUGCCCGCAGCCAUCUCGACCGACGACCGGAAACCCACCUACUUACCUACCGCCAUCUCCUACUCCACCAAAUUGCUACCCAGGAUCCACAGACCCUAGAUGUCCAAGUCCGACUCCUAGUCCACAACCAAAUUGUUACCCUGGCUCAACAGAUCCAAGGUGUCCCCAACCUAGCACUACUACCAGGCCUAAUUGUUACCCUGGAUCAACUGAUCCAAGAUGCCCUCAGCCUACCACUCCAGCCAGACCAAAUUGCUACCCUGGAUCAACAGAUCCAAGGUGCCCACAACCUAGCACUACUACCAGGCCUAAUUGUUACCCUGGAUCAACUGAUCCAAGAUGCCCUCAGCCUACCACUCCAGCCAGACCAAAUUGCUACCCUGGAUCAACAGAUCCAAGGUGCCCGCAACCUACCACUACUGCCAGACCUAAUUGUUAUCCUGGAUCAACUGAUCCAAGAUGCCCUCAACCUACUACUACAGCCAGACCAAAUUGUUACCCUGGAUCAACAGAUCCAAGGUGCCCUCAACCUACUACUACAGCCAGACCAAAUUGUUACCCUGGAUCAACAGAUCCAAGGUGCCCUCAACCUACUACUACAGCCAGACCAAAUUGUUACCCUGGAUCAACGGAUCCAAGAUGCCCUCAAUCUACCACUAUUGCCAGGCCAAAUUGCUACCCUGGAUCAACAGAUCCAAGGUGCCCUCAACCUACAACUACAGCCAGACCAAAUUGUUACCCUGGAUCAACGGAUCCAAGAUGCCCUCAAUCUACCACUACUGCCAGGCCAAAUUGCUACCCUGGAUCAACAGAUCCAAGGUGCCCUCAACCUACCACUACAGCCAGGCCAAACUGUUAUCCUGGUUCAACAGAUUCAAGGUGCCCAAAGCCAACACCAUCUCCUCAGCCUAACUGCUAUCCUGGAAGUACAGACCCUAGAUGUCCAAAACCAGGUUCAACACAGAAACCUGUUUGUUAUCCUGGUUCUCCUGAUCCAAACUGCCCUCAACCUCCAAGACCAACAACGUUGACUCCGCCAACUUAUCUCCCUCCUUCCACACCAGAACCUAAAUGUUUUCCUGGUUCCCCAGAUCCAAGAUGUCCUCAGCCAACAACUACCUCGCGACCAAACUGCUAUCCAGGAAAUAAUGAUCCUAGAUGCCCCAAACCAACUACUUCUCAACCCACAACAACAGCAAGACCGAACUGCUAUCCAGGAAACAACGAUCCAAGAUGCCCCAAGCCAACAACUCCUUCUGAACCUAUAACCACAUCUAAACCAAAUUGUUUCCCUGGUAAUAAUGAUCCCAGAUGCCCCAGACCAACAACCUCACAACCAAAUUGUUACCCUGGAAGUAUAGACCCCAGAUGCCCACAACCUACCACUACUCCCAGACCUAAUUGCUAUCCAGGAAGCAAUGACCCUAGAUGUCCAAGACCCACUACACCACAACCUACGACUACACCCAGACCUAACUGUUAUCCAGGCAGUACUGAUCCACGAUGCCCACAACCAACACCAUCAACAACCUCAAGACCCAAUUGCUACCCGGGUAGCGCAGAUCCUAGAUGCCCAAAACCAACAACUCAAAAGCCGGUUUGUUAUCCUGGAUCUCUUGAUCCAAAGUGUCCCCAGCCUCCAAGACCGACAACAUUGACUCCACCUACGUAUCUUCCUCCUUCCACGCCAGGACCAAGAUGUUUCCCAGGAUCUCCGGAUCCGAGAUGUCCUCAGCCAUCAACUACUCCACGACCAAAUUGCUACCCAGGAAACAAUGACCCUAGAUGCCCUAGACCAACUACACUUCAACCUACAACAACGCCUAGACCUAACUGUUAUCCAGGAAGUACUGAUCCACGGUGCCCACAACCUACACCAUCUACAACUUCUAGACCUAACUGCUAUCCUGGAAAUAAUGAUGCUAGGUGUCCAAGACCAACGACGUCGCAACCAAAUUGUUAUCCUGGAAGUACAGAUCCUAGAUGCCCACAACCAACCACAACUUCUAGACCUAAUUGCUAUCCAGGAAGCAAUGACCCUAGGUGUCCCAGACCGACUACACUACAACCUACGACAACGCCUAGACCAAACUGCUAUCCUGGCAGCACAGAUCCUAGAUGUCCAAAACCAACAACACAGAAGCCAGUUUGUUAUCCUGGCUCUCCUGAUCCAAACUGCCCCCAACCGCCAAGACCAACAAUACUAACACCACCUACUUACCUUCCUCCUUCUACACCAGGACCUAGAUGUUUCCCUGGUUCUCCGGAUCCGAGAUGUCCUCAGCCAACAACAACUUCGCGACCAAACUGCUUCCCAGGAAAUAAUGAUCCUAGAUGCCCAAGGCCAACUACUCCACUACCUACAACUACGUCUAGGCCUAAUUGCUAUCCUGGAAAUAAUGAUCUUAGAUGCCCCAGGCCUACAUCUCCGUCUGAACCUAUAACCACGUCUAGACCAAAUUGUUACCCUGGUAACAAUGAUCCCAGAUGUCCUCAACCAACAACUACUACAAGACCUAACUGCUAUCCCGGAAAUAAUGACCCUAGAUGCCCAAGGCCAACUACUCCUCAACCCACAGCAUCUAGACCAAACUGUUAUCCUGGUAGCUCAGACCCUAGAUGUCCUAGACCAACGACCUCGCAACCAAAUUGUUAUCCCGGAAGUACAGACUCCCGAUGCCCACAGCCUACCACAACUUCAAAACCUAAUUGCUAUCCAGGAAAUCAUGACCUUAGAUGUCCAAGAACAACUACUCCUCAACCUACAACAUCUAGACCGAACUGUUAUCCUGGAAGCACCGAUCCUAGGUGUCCCAGGCCGACGACCUCGCAACCAAAUUGUUACCCUGGUAGCACAGAUCCUAGAUGUCCAAGACCGACAACACAGAAGCCAGUUUGUUAUCCUGGCUCUCCUGAUCCAAACUGCCCUCAGCCACCAAGACCAACAACACUAACACCACCUACUUAUCUCCCCCCUUCAACACCAGGACCUAGGUGUUUCCCGGGUUCUCCGGAUCCAAGAUGUCCUCAGCCAUCAACUACUCCUCGGCCAAAUUGUUACCCAGGAAAUAAUGAUCCAAGGUGCCCCAAACCAACUACUUCUCAAACCACAACAACGGCAAGACCAAAUUGCUAUCCAGGGAGCAAUGACCCUAGAUGUCCAAGGCCCACUACACCACAACCUACUACUACAGCCAGACCUAACUGUUAUCCAGGUAGUACUGAUCCACGAUGCCCACAACCAACGCCAUCCACAACUUCUAGACCUAACUGCUAUCCUGGAAAUAAUGACCCUAGGUGUCCAAGGCCAACGACGUCGCAACCAAAUUGUUACCCUGGAAGUACAGAUUCUAGAUGCCCACAACCAACCACAACUUCUAGACCUAAUUGCUAUCCAGGAAGCAAUGACCCUAGGUGCCCCAGGCCGACUACACUACAGCCUACGACAACACCUAAACCUAACUGCUAUCCUGGAAAUAGUGACCCUAGGUGUCCAAGGCCAACGACGUCGCAACCAAAUUGUUAUCCUGGAAGUUCAGAUCCUAGAUGCCCACAAACUACCACAACUUCUAGACCUAAUUGCUAUCCAGGAAGUAAUGACCCUAGGUGCCCCAGGCCGACUACACUACAACCUACGAUAACACCUAGACCAAACUGCUACCCUGGCAGCACAGAUCCUAGAUGUCCAAAACCAACAACACAGAAGCCAGUUUGUUAUCCUGGCUCUCCUGAUCCAAACUGCCCCCAACCGCCAAGACCAACAACACUAACACCACCUACUUACCUUCCUCCUUCUACACCAGGACCUAGAUGUUUCCCUGGUUCUCCGGAUCCGAGAUGUCCUCAGCCAACAACAACUUCGCGACCAAACUGCUUCCCAGGAAAUAAUGAUCCUAGAUGCCCAAGGCCAACUACUCCACUACCUACAACUACGUCUAGGCCUAAUUGCUAUCCUGGAAAUAAUGAUCCUAGAUGCCCAAAACCUACUCCAUCAACAACUAGGCCAAAUUGUUAUCCUGGUAGCACAGAUCCUAGAUGUCCAAAACCAACAACACCUAAUUGCUAUCCAGGAAGCAAUGAUCCUAGGUGUCCAAGACCGACUACACCACAACCCUCGACAACACCUAGACCUAACUGCUACCCUGGCAGCACAGAUCCUAGGUGUCCAAGACCGACUACACCACAACCCUCGACAACACCUAGACCUAACUGCUACCCUGGCAGCACAGAUCCUAGGUGUCCAAGACCGACUACACCACAACCCUCGACAACACCUAGACCUAACUGCUACCCUGGCAGCACAGAUCCUAGAUGUCCCAGGCCGACUACUUCCCAACCGAAUUGUUACCCUGGAAGUACAGACCCGAGAUGCCCACAAACUACCACUUCAAGACCUAAUUGUUAUGCAGGAAGUAAUGAUCCUAGAUGUCCAAGGCCCACAACACUACAACCUACGACGACAUCUAGACCUAACUGUUAUCCGGGCAGUACUGAUCCACGUUGUCCACAACCAACACCGUCAACAACCUCUAGACCCAACUGCUACCCUGGCAGCACUGAUCCUAGAUGCCCAAAACCGACAACGCAAAAGCCUGUUUGUUAUCCUGGCUCUCCUGAUCCAAACUGUCCUCAACCUCCAAGGCCAACAACUUUGACUCCCCCCACUUACCUUCCUCCUUCAACACCUAGGUGUUUCCCUGGUUCUCCGGAUCCAAGAUGUCCUCAGCCAUCAACUACUCCUCGACCAAACUGCUACCCAGGAAAUAAUGACCCAAGAUGCCCCAGGCCAACAUCUCCUCCUGAACCUAUAACCACAUCAAGGCCUAAUUGCUUCCCUGGAAGUAACGACCUAAGAUGUCCAAGGCCUACUACACCUCAACCUACAACAACGCCUAGACCUAAUUGUUAUCCAGGAAGUACUGAUCCACGAUGCCCACAACCAACACCAUCCACAACUUCUGGACCUAACUGCUAUCCUGGAAAUAAUGACCCUAGGUGUCCAAGAACAACUACUCCUCAACCCACAACAUCUAGACCAAACUGUUAUCCUGGAAGUACUGAUCCUAGGUGUCCCAGGCCGACGACUUCGCAACCAAAUUGUUACCCUGGUAGCACAGACCCUAGAUGUCCAAAACCAACAACUCCUAAUUGCUAUCCAGGAAGUAAUGAUCCUAGAUGUCCAAGACCGACUACACCACAACCCACGACAACACCUAGACCUAACUGCUACCCUGGCAGCACAGAUCCUAGAUGUCCGAGACCGACAACACCACAACCUCCGACAACACCUAGACCUAACUGCUACCCUGGCAGCACAGAUCCUAGAUGUCCAAGACCGACUACACCACAACCUACGACAACAGCUAGACCUAACUGCUACCCUGGCAGCACAGAUCCAAGAUGUCCAAGACCGACAACACAGAAGCCAGUUUGUUAUCCUGGCUCGCCUGAUCCAAACUGCCCUCAGCCACCAAGACCAACCACGUUAACACCACCUACUUAUCUCCCCCCUUCAACACCAGGACCUAAAUGUUUCCCGGGUUCUCCGGAUCCAAGAUGUCCUCAGCCAUCAACUACUCCUCGACCAAAUUGCUACCCAGGAAAUAAUGAUCCAAGGUGCCCCAGACCAACUACUAUUCAACCAACAACACCAAGGCCCAAUUGUUAUCCUGGCAAUAGCGACCCAAGAUGUCCGAGGCCCACAUCUCCUCCCGAACCUAUAACCACGUCUAGACCAAAUUGUUACCCUGGUAAUAAUGAUCCCAGAUGUCCUAGACCGACUUCACCUCCUACAACGUCAAGACCUAAUUGCUAUCCUGGAAAUAAUGAUCCUAGAUGUCCAAGGCCUACAUCGCCUCAGCCAACAACUCCACCUAGACCUAACUGUUAUCCAGGUAGCACUGAUCCACGUUGCCCACCAUCAAUACCAUCAACAACCUCUAGACCCAAUUGCUACCCGGGUAACACAGAUCCAAGAUGUCCCAGGCCAACCACCUCACAACCAAACUGUUACCCUGGAAAUACAGACCCCAGAUGCCCUCAACCAACAACUACUGCAAAACCUACAUGCUAUCCCGGAAAUAAUGAUCCUAGAUGCCCAAGACCAACUACGCCUCCUCAACCAACGAUAACGCCUAGACCGAAUUGUUACCCUGGAAAUAAUGAUCCCAGAUGUCCAAGACCUACCACACAAAAACCAGUCUGUUAUCCUGGUUCUCCUGAUCCUAGCUGCCCACAACCAUCUCGCCCCACAACCCUUAGUCCACCGACAUAUUUACCUCCAGCAACGACUCAAAUUACAACAUUGUCACCACGAUGCUAUCCUGGCAGUAAUGAUCCUCGGUGUCCACAACCAACAUCAACUGCUAAACCAAAUUGCUAUCCUGGAAAUAAUGACCCAAGAUGCCCCAGGCCAAUAUCUCCUGAACCUAUAACUACUUCUAGACCAAAUUGUUAUCCUGGUAACAAUGACCCAAGAUGUCCUAGACCAACUUCACCUCCUACAACAUCAAGACCAAACUGUUAUCCUGGAAAUAACGAUCCCAGGUGCCCCAGACCGACAAUACCUCCCACAACGUCUAAACCUAAUUGCUACCCUGGAAGUAAUGACCCUAGGUGUCCAAAGCCUACUACUCUUCAACCUACAACAACCUCUAGUCCAAACUGUUAUCCAGGCAGCACUGAUCCUAGGUGUCCACAACCCACUCCAUCAACAACUUCUAGACCAAAUUGUUACCCUGGAAAUACAGACCCUAGAUGCCCACGACCUACUACAACUUCCAGACCUAAUUGCUAUCCAGGAAAUAAUGACCCUAGGUGUCCCAGGCCGACUACGGUGAAACCCGUUUGCUACCCUGGUUCCCCUGACCCUAGUUGUCCGCAACCUUCUCGCCCUACAACUCAUAACCCACCAACGUACUUGCCACCAGCUACUACACAAAUAAUAACAACUUUAACACCUCGAUGCUACCCUGGUAGCACUGACCCUAGAUGUCCCAAACCAACUCCAACCCCUCAACCAAACUGCUACCCGGGCAGCACCGAUCCCAGGUGUCCUAAACCUAGUCCCACUCCAACUCCACAACCUAAUUGCUUCCCUGGCAACAAAGACCCAAGAUGCCCACAGCCUACUCCCACGCCUCAACCUAACUGUUAUCCUGGUAGUACUGAUCCCAGAUGUCCUAAACCUACUCCCACUCCACAACCUAACUGCUACCCUGGUAGCUCUGAUCCCAGGUGCCCCAAACCUACCCCCACACCCCAACCUAACUGCUACCCCGGAAGCAAGGACCCAAGAUGCCCACAACCUACACCUACGCCUCAACCAAAUUGUUACCCUGGUAGCGCCGAUCCCAGGUGCCCCAAACCCACUCCUUCUCCUCAACCUAAUUGUUAUCCCGGUAGUAACGACCCCAGAUGUCCACAACCUACUCCUACCACCCCUAGUCCAUGCUACCCCGGUUCACCUGACCCCAAAUGCCCUCAACCCUUCAGACCCAGUAGCACCAGGCCACCAUCCACUUACUUGCCACCAUUCCCGUCGGAAAACAUAGACAUCCAGUCAAAUAGAAUCGGCAGAGACUCCAAUAAUGUCGACUACGAAGAGUCACAAACGGAUAUUGACAACUUCGAGUUCUCACGAACAAAGCCGAGGUCUAGGAAAGCGAGAGAUGUAGGCAACGCCAACGAAGCACUCCUCCAAUCAGCUGGCGGCUCAGCCAUCGUCUACUUGUCUGUAGGAUCAAUUCUAUUUGGCAUUCUAUGUACAAUCGCAGGAGUCUACAUCUACAACCGUAAGAAAAAUGCUUAUAGAACGCCCCUCAGUAGCAACGCUCAAAGUCUUUGUUAAAUAAUGUACCAUAUAAUUAAGGAUUAAAGAUAUUAAUGUGAUAUUUUAAUUAUAUUUACGUAUAUUAGUUAAUUGCAAUUAUUGCCAGCAAUCAACUUAAAAUCACUGCCUUAUAUAAGCUUUAUAUUUCAGGCGCUUUACCAGCCUAUUUUAUAUAUAUAAAAUAGUGCCAUAAUGUUUUGAUGCAUCAUAUUAAACUCGUAUUUAUGCAUAUGAUCCCUAGUCAACUAUAUAUGCGUUUUAUAACAAAAAUGUAAACGAAUAUUACAAAAUGAUGUAUCGCAAUAAUAUUUUGAUAAUUUUUGGAUAUACUUUGUGAUUAUAUUUUGUAAAUAUAUUUGCCUGUAUAUGAUGUGGCCAUUAUGUGUAGAGUAUAUUUACUUUAACUCAACUUGUACUUAGAUAAUACAUUUUGUGGUGUACGUAUAAAAAUAAAAGGUAUACAUUUUUUACUUACAGUUUUUUAAUAAGUAAAUAUGUACAGCACAAAAUGUAAACGAUUAUAAUGUUUAAUUGUAAGAUUGCUUUUCGAGUCGAUCUAAGUAAAACAUUCUAUGAAUGUCA